GUCGAUCAGGGCGGUGACCUCUUCAGAAAACACUGUGAUAGUCGCUGUAGUAAAAAGGCCGGACAGGGAGGAGGCCUCAGUGAUGCCCCUUAUCAAAUCUGGCUUUAAUAGGAGAUAUGUGGAGAACCCUAACAUGAUGGCCUGUUACAAUGAGCUGCUGCAGCUGGAGCGUGGAGAAGUUCUGGCACAGUUCAAACUGAGGGCGUGUAAUGCUAUCUUCACAGCAUUGGAGCAGAGUCAGGAGGCCAUAGAGAUCACCAAUGAGGAUCAAGUCAUUCAGUAUGUGAACCCUGCCUACGAGAGCAUCAUGGGUUACCAUCAAGGUGAACUAAUAGGGAAGGAAAUAACAGAAGUGCCUAAAAGUGAAAAGAAUAAGCCUGAUCUCCUUGAAACCAUAAACUCCUGUAUCCAGAAAGGAAAGGAGUGGCAGGGGAUUUAUUAUGCCAAAAAGAAGAACGGGGACAGUGUCCAACAAAAUGUGAAGAUCACACCUGUGAUCGGACAGGGAGGUAAAAUCAGACACUACGUGUCUAUCCACAGGCCUUUACAUGAUCACAAUAAGAAGUCUUCACAAGGAAGCAGUUCCCAGAGAAGACACUCCUCCAUGGCCAGAAUCCACUCCAUGACCAUCGAAGCUCCAAUCACCAAGGUGAUCAACAUCAUCAACGCAGCCCAGGAGUCUAGUCCAAUGCCCGUAGCAGAGGCCCUGGACCGGGUCCUGGAGAUCCUGAGGACCACAGAGCUCUACUCUCCUCAGCUGGGCACCAAGGAGGAAGACCCUCAUACUAACGACCUGGUGGGAGGACUGAUGACGGAUGGCUUGCUGAGAUUAUCAGGAAACGAAUACAUCUUUGCUGCGAAACAGCCCCACCUCCCAAGUCACCUAGCCAUGCCCCUUUCGUUGAAUGACAUCCCUCCUCACGUUGCCCAGACAAUGGAGAAUGAAGACUCCUGGGACUUUGACAUCUUCAACCUGGAGACGGCCUGUCUGAAACGGCCUCUGACCUAUCUGGGCCUGAAGAUCUUCUCUCGGUUCGGGGUGUGUGAGUUCCUGAGCUGUCCCGAGGCCACUCUCCGCUCCUGGCUGCAGGGGAUCGAGGCUAACUACCACUCCACCAACUCCUACCACAACUCCUCGCAUGCUGCCGAUGUCAUGCACGCUACCGCAUACUUCCUCUGCAAGGAGAGGGUCAAGCAAAGUCUGGAGCAGAUUGAUGAGGUGGCGGCUCUGAUAGCAGCCACGGUACACGACGUGGAUCACCCGGGACGCACCAACAGCUUCCUGUGUAACGCAGGAAGUGAGCUGGCCAUCUUGUACAACGACACGGCCGUGCUAGAGAGCCACCACGCUGCCCUUGCCUUCCAGAUCACCACACGGGACGACAAGUGUAACAUCUUCAAGAACAUGGAGAGGAAUGAGUACCGUACCCUGCGUCAGGCCAUCAUAGACAUGGUGCUCGCCACAGAGAUGACAAAACACUUUGAGCACGUCAACAAGUUCGUCAACAGCAUCAACAAGCCGCUGGCCGCGCUGGAGGAGAACGGGGGAAUCGGCGACGAGGAGUCUGUCAAAGGCAUCCUAACGUCCCCAGACAACCGGAUCCUUGUCAAGCGCAUGCUGAUCAAGUGUGCCGACAUCUCCAAUCCGUGCCGACCGCUGGAGCUGUGCAUAGAAUGGGCCGGGCGCAUCUCAGAGGAAUACUUUGCACAGACUGACGAGGAGAAGAGACAGAGUCUACCGGUGGUCAUGCCUGUGUUUGACAGGAACACCUGCAGCAUUCCUAAGUCCCAGAUCUCCUUCAUAGACUACUUCAUCACAGACAUGUUCGACGCCUGGGAUGCGUUCGCAGACCUUCCCAACCUCAUGCAGCACCUGGACAACAACUUCAAGUAUUGGAAAGACUUGGACGAGAGGAAGCUGCACAGCCUGCGUCCCCCCCCAGAGUAGGAGCACCCUGACUGGGGUCGCCGCCAGGCCCCGGGCCCCUCCUUGGUUCCUGUCCGCCUGCGUCCCCCCCCCCAGAGUAGGAGCACCCUGACUGGGGUCGCCGCCAGGCCCCGGGCCCCUCCUUGGUUCCUGUCCGUCCAGGGGCCACCAAGCCUUCACUCUUCUGCUUCUGUGACACGCCAUCAAGCGUCCACAUGUCCGUCCAACAGAGACAACACACACGGACGGACGGACGGUUGCUGCAGCAACACCAGGCUCUUGCUUCGUACAUAAAACCUCGCUAGCUGAGGAUGGAUGAUGGACAGACACACGGCGCCUCAGAGUCCUUAUAAACUACCAGUGCCUGGUGGGCUUGUCUGUAUGCUCCUACUGCUGCCAGGGAGGCUGUGUGAGGGACUGUUCUUCUCCCAGCCAACCUGGUGAUGGACGUACCAUCCCUUUAGUACUCACACACGGGUUCCCCCUGCCUCUCUCGCUCUCUCUCUCUCUCUCUCUCUGUCUCUCUGUCAGUCAGAGGCCGGCUGAUGUUACUGUCUCUGCAGACUGACUGCACUGUUGGUUAAGAGCUAUGGAGAAACACACAAACAAACUGAACGUUGAGAUGUCAGGUGGUUUCAAGUCUCAGGCACCUCCAAUGAAAAACUGUUUGGAGGAUCAGCUGAUGGGACAGGUUCACAUUACACAGUUUUUCCUCAUAAAUGGCACCCUAUUCCCUAUAUAGUGCACUACUUUUAGGAUAAAAGAGUCAUUGGGGCUCUGGCCAUAAGAAGUGCACUUUAUAUAGAGAAUGGGGUUGCAUUUGGGAUGGCGAACCAUGUCAAAUCCACGUCAGACUGUACUACCCAGUGUGUGGUGGGCAUUCCGACCGGAUAAAUCCCUAUAUCGCCCCCCAGUGGCCACCGGGUCGAACUACACUCCACCUCCACCAGCUGCCACCAUCACCCUUUACUAUGUCUUCUAGCUGUACUUCCUUUGUUUCUUUGUCCUUCAGAAGCACCUCGUCCACUAGAGGACCUGUAGCGACGGGAUGGGACACGAGGCCGUCCUAAACACACUAAAAUUGUGUUCCAUAUACCAUCCUAUUCCCUUUAUAGUGCACUACUGUUGACCAGAACAAAUCAUCAAAUCAAAUCAAAUGUAUUUAUAUAGCCCUUCGUACAUCAGCUGAUAUCUCAAAGUGCUGUACAGAAACCCAGCCUAAAACCCCAAACAGCAAGCAAUGCAGGUGUAGAAGCACGGUGGCUAGGAAAAACUCUCUAGAAAGGCCAAAACCUAGAGAGGAACCAGGCUAUGUGGGGUGGCCAGUCCUCUUCUGGCUGUGCCAAGAGUAGUGCACUAUUGCCGUAUCGGCCCUGGUCAAAUAUAGUGCACUAUAAAGGGAAUAGGGUGCCAUUUUGGGACGCAUCCAGAGACAUACGUUUGUACGGGGUGGGGGCGUGGUCACGGGUGUUCAGUGGGUGGAGCUAAUUAACUGUCCUCAGGCCAUUGGUGAAAGACACAAACAUUCAGACAUCUUGGUCAUAGCUAGGUCAUUAUUACAGACAAAUUUGGUCUUUUUAUUUUGUUUUAAAUGUUCCAUAUUUUCUUUAUAAAACAAAAAAAAAUUAGUAACGUCAAUUAAUGAAUUAUCUGAUGAUGAUGAAGAGAUUAGAACAAAAAUAAGAAAAGAUGAAAGAAAGACAAGCCAAAGCUGAAUAACAUACUAUUAUAUAACUCUCUGAGUCUUGUCGAUGAUGAGGAGGAAUAUUAUCCAUAAGAAAACAUUAACGUUAUAAACAUUUUAUUUUAUUUUAGUACAGUAUCAGUUUGAAUGGACAUCUUUGUAUUGCACUGUAAAACAACAGUUGAAUUGUC